GUGUUUUUAAAACUGUCGUUCAAAGCGUUACUUGAGAAGUGAAACUAAAAAAAAUAAAACGGUUUUUUAUUUCUUCUUUUAUUAAGAAAUUAAAAGAUCGUGGAGUAAAUUGAGAUCUUGGUAAUAAAACGAGAGCAUUUUUUUUGCUCUAGUAAACUGAAGAAAAAACGUAAAAGUGAAUCAUCAUCUUAAUAAACCAAACCAACAACAGCAAGAAUAAACAAUAUCACAAAAAAAAAACAAAUUCUCCAAAAAUAAACUAUCCAUUUGUUUUGAUUUUGCUGGGGCUGCUCUCCAUUGAAACGUACAGCGAACAUGAUGGCAGUGAUCUACAGCUGUUUUGUUGUUCUACUAUUGGCAACUUUAAGUUCAGCCGGUACCAUACAAAAUCGUCCAGCUUUUCCUACUCAAACAAAUCAAUUACAAAACCCAGGCAGUAAAUCAGCGGGUAGAAGAACUAUGCAUCCAGCCUUCGCAAAUGCCGGCCGUGCACCAGGUUUAGAAAUCUGGAGAGUUGAGAACUUUGAACCUGUGGCGUAUCCUAAAAAUAACUAUGGCAAAUUUUUCACCGGAGACUCUUUUAUUGUUUUGAAUACUAUCGAAGGUAAAGACAAAAAACUCUCUUGGGAUGUACACUUUUGGUUGGGCUCGGAAACAUCCGUUGAUGAGGCUGGUGCUGCUGCCAUUUUAACCGUACAACUUGAUGACCUACUUAACGGUGGUCCAGUGCAACAUCGCGAAGUUCAGGAUCAUGAAUCGCAAUUGUUUUUGAGCUACUUUAAAAAUGGUGUACGUUAUGAACAGGGUGGUAUUGGAACUGGCUUUAAACAUGUUGAAACAAAUGCCCAGGGCGAAAAACGUCUCUUCCAAGUAAAGGGUAAACGUAAUGUACGUGUACGCCAAGUUAACUUGUCGGUAUCAUCGAUGAACAAGGGUGAUUGUUUCAUAUUGGAUGCUGGUAAUGAGAUUUACGUAUAUGUGGGUGCCCAAGCAAAACGUGUGGAAAAAUUAAAAGCCAUCAGUGCAGCAAAUCAAAUCAGAGAUCAAGAUCAUAAUGGCAGAGCUCGAGUGCAAAUAAUUGAUGAAUUCAGCACUGAUAUUGAUAAGCAAGGCUUCUUUAAUGUAUUGGGUUCCGGUUCUCCUAGUCAAGUACCCGAUGAAUCUGUCGCUGAAGAAGAUGCUGCCUUUGAAAGUGCUGAUGCUAAUUCGGUUACUUUGUACAAGGUAACCGAUAGCUCUGGUAGCCUUAAAAUUGAACCCAUCUCCCAAAAGCCUUUACGCCAAGAAAUGUUGGAUACCCGCGAUUGCUUUAUUUUGGAUACCGGUUCCGGUAUAUAUGUUUGGGUGGGACGUGGUGCCACACCCAAGGAAAAGGCCGAUUCUAUGACUAAGGCCCAAGAAUUUUUGCGUACCAAGAAAUAUCCCGCCUGGACUCAAAUUCAUCGUAUUGUCGAGAGCGCUGAAUCGGCUCCAUUCAAGCAAUACUUUGCCACUUGGCGCGAUGCUGGCAUGUCCCAUACUCGCCUAGUGCGUUCGGCUUUGGGUUACGAUACCGACGACUCUGAAUUCGAAAUUGACGAUGUCGAUUCUGUCUUGAAGAAUCUCAAAGAGCGUGGUGGUCGUGCUAUCGGUUUUAUGCCCGACAAUGGCCAAAACGCCAUUGAGGAAAUCACUCAAUAUUACACUAACUCUGGCAGUAAUGAAGUGUUGCGCAAUACUCUUGAGUUUGAGGAAAACAUGCCUUUAUUGGGUUAUUCGGCUUAUGUUAUUACCUAUAAGUUCGAGUCGAAACAUGGCGAUACCGGUUCUUUGAUUUAUGUUUGGGAGGGUGUUAAGGCCAGCCAGGAUGCCCGUGAACGUGCUUUCGAGGAUGCUAUGUCUUUGGCUAUGGAACAAAAUGCUAUUUUGAUUCGCACUGUCCAGAAUCAUGAACCCAGACAUUUCCUAAAAAUGUUCAAGGGAAAGUUGAUGACAUUAUUCACAUCUACUCCCACAGAGCCACAAUUGUUCCAUAUUCGUGGUACCGAUGAAUCAAAUGUGCAUGCUUAUGAGGUCAAGGCCGAUUCUUCAUCAUUGUCUUCGUCUGAUGUAUUUGCUUUGGUAACAAAUCGUGAUAACAAGGUUUACAUUUGGAUUGGUUUGGGAUCUUCUGAUUUUGAAAAGUCCAUGGGCUUGGAACGUUUUGGUCAAUAUUGGCCCGAUGUUGAAGCUGAGAUUAUUGAAGAAGGUGCUGAACCCGAUGAUUUCUGGGAAGAUUUGAAUGGUGAAGGUAUAUAUGACCGUAGCAUGUCCGAAAAGGGUGCUCCUCUUUUGGAGCCACGUCUCUUCCACUGCCGAUUGGUGGGUAAUCGCAUUAAGGUUGAAGAGGUCAAUCACUUUGAACAGGCCGAUUUGGAUAUGGAUGAUGUUAUGCUUAUGGAUGCUGGUGAUGAGAUUUAUAUGUGGGUUGGUUCUGGAGCUACAGCUGAUGAAAAUGGCAAAAUUUUGGACAUGGCCAAGAAAUACAUUAAAUCCGAACCCACUGAUCGCACCAUUGACACCGUCAGUGUUAUACGCAUUUCUCAAGAUCAUGAACCUCGCGUCUUCAAACGCAUGUUCCCCACUUGGGAAGAGGGUUAUUGGCAGGGCAUACCUUCCUAUGAGGAUGUACGUAAGCAAGUUUAUGAAGACAAUGAACGUAUUGAGGACAAUGAUGUUUAAAUAUACAAGAAGCUACCAAAUAAAUAAAAUAAAAAAUAAAACACAAAAAUUAAAUCCAAUAUUUUCGUAAUUUUGUUUGUCACAAACAAAUAUCUUCUUCUACUUAUGCGAAGAAAAGAAGCACAAAAUUUAAUAAAAAAUCAUGAAGCAAGGAAAAGAACAACCAACCAACUAACUGAACUAAACCUUCAAACCAAUCAACUUAACAACUCAAAUCCAACUAUAAACACUUGCAUGAACAAUUUAUUUAUGAAUUUUAUACAUAUUUUAUUAUUACGAUAUAAUACUUUUGUUUAUUGUUUUAUUUUUUUUUUAACUUUUACAUACAAUAUAUAAAUAUGUAACUAUAUUAUGUAUUCCUUCAAUUUUCCCAUUAUUUUAUUGUUAGUAGUUUGUAAAAGUUGAACAAAAUUUUUUGUUUUUUUAUAUUCAUAAUUUCUACCUUCAUACUUUUCUUCUCUUAUGCACAAUUAAUUUAAAAAAAAACCUACAUAAAAUAUGCCAAAAUUUACUACAUAUAUCAUUAUAAUUUUAUUAACAUAAAUUUUUAUACGAAUAAUAAAGAUUUAAACAUUUUUGUUGACAUUUUUGAUUAA